AUGCGUUGUGGAGGAAUUACCGUUUAUGCCGCGUUAAGGAAAUGCAGUGCAAAGCCAGCUCUGGAAUUUGGUGAUAAGAAGGACUUUGCGGAAGAAUGCGGUGCUGAGUCUUACAUUGAUCUCCCCAAGUAUAGCAAUGGUGAUCCUCAACUUACUACUGAUGUAAAGAGGAUUACAUCCUAUGGACUCGGCGCCACAGCGGUGAUUGUGUGUACAGGUGCUAAUAGUGCAUAUGCUGAUUCGGUUUCUUUGGUGCGGUUUGCGGGUACCGUUGUCUAUGUUGGUGUUCCUGAGGGGGCACCGGUUGCCAUUGCAUCUGCCCAUCCCGCUAAAUUACUCAGCCAGGAGAUCAGCAUUGUGGGGAGUGUUGUUGGAAAUCGUAUGGAUGCUAUUGAAACGAUGGAUAUGGCUGCUCGUGGGGUCGCAACGACAAGGGUCACAGUCCAGCCAAUGUCAAGCCUGAAGGAUGUCUUUGACAAGAUGAACAAUCGUCAGCUGAAGGGUCGUAUUGUUUUGGAUCUGUUUCAGUGA